AUGCCCGCCUGGGGGGCCCUGCUUUUGCUCUGGGCCGCUGCAGAGGCCACCAACGACUGUCCCGCGCCAUGCAGGUGCCAGGCCCUGGAGACCAUGGGGCUGCUGGUGGACUGCAGGGGACAGGAGCUUGAGGCCCUGCCCGCCCUGCCAGCCCACACGCGCCACCUCCUCCUGGCCAACAACAGCCUGCGCUCUGUGUCCCCGGGGGCCUUCGACCACCUGCCCGGGCUGCAGACGCUCGAGGUGACCCACAACCCCUGGCACUGCGACUGCACCCUCACCUACCUGCGGCUCUGGCUGGGGGACCACGCGCCCGAGGCCCUGCUGCACGUCCGCUGUGCCAGCCCCGAUGUCGCCAGCCACCGUCCCCUGGGCCAGCUCACCGGGUACGAGCUGGGCAGCUGCGGGUGGCAGCUCAGGGCCCCCUGGGCCCACCCGGGGCUCUGGUGGGACCUGGCGCUGGUGGCUGUCGCCAUGCUGGGCCUGGCCCUCCUG